AUGAUCUACAUGAUGAGUUCGACUCCGAGCCCGAAUCCUGCUACUCAGCCGAGCCUUCCCGUGUCGCCGCUGAACUUGCUGGCAGCGAUGCAGCUACCAAACCCGGCUGUAACUACACAACAGCUGAUCGCUACGACUUUGGCGAAUCCAAUUUUGCUACAGCAGCCUACUCCACAGGUAUCGCUACAGAGCCCACUGGAAAGUAUUUUGCAGCAGGUUGGGCUUUAUUCGAAUUCGCUUCAAGUGCAGAUUCCGACGGUGUCGACAGUCCCUACCACAACCUGCAUCGAUCAACAAUUCGGCAACGUCAGCCUCGCCCAACUCAUCUCCCCAUUAGGCCAAAUCUCACUCCCUUCACCGAACCUCUCCGUCAGCCCAUCAGCCUAUCAAUUCCCCAGUGCCACAUCGGCCUUCCAAGUACCAAUAUCCCCCGCUAAUGUCGCCAAUCUACCCCUGGGAAUCCCGCAAAUCGUCACACCGAUCCCGGCGCUGUCCGUCUCGCCGAGCUCUGCUAAUGGCUCAACUUUUUCGCUACUAGCUUCUCCGACAAAUGCGGCCGAUUUCUUCCAAUUGACAACCAACAAAGACGAGCUUGAAAUCCCUACUUGCUCCUUCAACCGUAGACUCUCAGCCCCAGAAGCGUGUCGCAAACGACCGCGAAGCCCGGAAAGAAACCGCAGGUUCUCCGAUUUUACCAUCGGACAGCUUUUGCGUGUGCCAGCUAUGGGCGGACAGUCGGUGCAACAGCCUAGGGAAAAAAGUCAAAAGCGUCGAAAGCAGCGUACCAUCUACGGCAUGAAGCAAACGGAAGUUCUUGAGGAAGCCUUCGUCUCGCAACGCUAUAUGGUUGGCGCUGAACGCGAACAACUCGCAAGCAGCCUGGCUCUGAGCGAAGCCCAAGUCCGAGUCUGGUUCCAGAAUCGUCGCAGCAAACAGCGCAAGCUCAACCGUCAAGCCGGAGAGCCGGAAGUCCCAGGAGCACGACUC